AUGGGUUCAUCAAAGUUUCUUCUGCUUCAAUUAAUGUUUGUAUUGUUUCUAAUUUCAUGGAUUGCUAAAACAACCUCUUCAACAACAUCUCCGUCUUCAGAUAUUACUCAGAUCAAUAGCUUUCUUGAAUUAAAACCUCUUAUCAUACUUGCACCUAAUAAUGAAUCGGAUAUCAAAACAACUUUGAAUUAUAGUGUGAUAAACAAUUUACAAAUCAGAGUAAGAUGUGGUGUCCAUGAUUACGAAGUUUUAUCUUGGAAGUCUGACUUCCGAUUCAUUAUUGUCGAUCUCGUAAAUAUUCGGUCAAUUAGUGUUGACGUGAAAAAUAAAUCUGCAUGGAUUCUUGCUAGUGCAACUCUUGGUGAGGUUUCCUAUAGAAUUGCUGAGAAGAGCAAGACUUUAGGAUUCUCGGCUGGGACAUGCCCUACUAUGGGUGUUGGUGGACAUUUCAGUGGAGGUGGUAUUGGAGUUUUGGUAAGGAAAUAUGGGCUUGCCGCUGAUAAUAUACUUGAUGCCCGCAUUCUUGAUGUUUAUGGAAGAAUCUUUGACAGAUCAUCGAUGGGUGAAAACCUUUUUUGGGCCAUUAGAGGAUGCAGUGGUGCAAGUUUUGGGAUCAUUCUUUCAUGGAAAAUCAAGUUGGUUUAUGUUCCACCAAUAAUUACUAGUUUCACUCCAAGUAGAAGUUUAAGCGAUGGUGCAAUAAAGCUUUUCCUUAGAUGGCAAGAAAUUGCAGAUAAAUUUCAUGAAGAUCUUUACGUCAGAGUUGUUAUACAAAAGGGAAAAUUGGAAAAAUGCCCCAUAUUUGGAUGCCCCGUUGGGAAACUGCCCCACACUUUAAAACUUAUGGGAAAAUGCCCCGUCCGUUACAUUUCCGUCCAAAAUGGUUAA